GGCUGUGGUCAAAGCCGUGACGCACGCUUCUGCUGUAUUCAGUAUGGAUGCUGCUUAGUAGUAACGUUACACUGCUUCCCACCACUGUUACAAACACCUCCGAUUGGCCUAAAAUGACUAUCUAUGAGCGAUAUUUUUGUUUCUGUAUGACAGAGUGAGAAGAAAAUCAGGAUGACUGACAGCGGGGAUCUUUGUCCUCACUUGGACUCGAUUGGUGAAGUUACUAAAGAAGAACUGAUUCAGAAAUCAAAGGGCACGUGUCAGUCAUGUGGAGUAGGUGGACCAAAUCUCUGGGCAUGUCUGCAGUGUGACUGUCCUUAUGUAGGCUGUGGAGAGUCGUAUUCAGACCACAGUACUAUUCAUGCACAGGCCAAAAAGCACAAUCUGACAGUAAACCUGACCACAUUCAGGGUGUGGUGUUAUGUCUGCGAAAGAGAGGUGUUUCUGGAACCGAAGCCUGUUACUCCUGUAUCAUCAGCUCACCGCUGCAAACCACAUGACCAGGAUCCUGUUUCGCAGACUACAUGUUACCCAUUGAAGGCGGUGCCUAUCGCAGUGGCAGAUGAGGAGGGCUCAGAGUCUGAGGAGGAUGAGCUCAAACCUAGAGGUCUGACAGGGAUGAAAAACAUUGGAAACUCUUGUUAUAUGAAUGCUGCACUGCAGGCCUUGUCCAACUGUCCUCCUUUGACUCAGUUUUUCCAGGAUUGCAGUGGAUUGGUGCGUACGGAUAAGAAGCCGGCAUUGUGUAAAAGCUAUCAGAAGCUUAUCUCUGAACUCUGGCACAAGAAACGGCCGAGUUAUGUUGUGCCAACUACUCUGUUUCAUGGAAUCAAACUGGUGAACCCCAUGUUUCGUGGCUAUGCUCAACAGGACACUCAGGAGUUUUUGCGAUGUCUGAUGGACCAGCUUCACGAGGAGCUGAAGGAGCCUUUGUUUGACUGCAGCGGUGGCAUCUCUGAAGUCGAGCCUGACCUCAGUCUGGACAGCUGUAAUCUUGUGGACGGAGACCGAAGCCCCUCUGAAGACGAAUUCCUGUCGUGUGACUCUGGAUCAGGAAGCGAAAGGGGAGAUGGAGAGCGUGCAGGAGGAGAAGCAGAGCUCCUCAUUCAAGAUGAAUGUGUGGCAGUGAGAGGAACCGGAGGCAUCUCGGAGAAAGAGAGGCUGAAGGAGAGAAGAGGAGAAGAGAGGACACGUGAAAUGGAUGAGGAUGCAGAUGUGGACACAGCUGCACAAGACGGACAGGCUGAGAGAGAAACUGAAACAGCGACACCAGCCACAGCUGUGCCGGCACCAGGAAACACAGAACCUGAUAAUGAAGCUUCCAUGCACUGUCCAUCCUCUCGCCCCUGUAGCCCCGCUCACAGUGUACAGGAGCUUCACUCCAGACUCUCUAGUAACCCACCAAGAUCCAGCCCUCUCAGAACUGGACCCACGUAUACUUUCAAGAAAGCUCAGAUGCUACUGAGCACCAAGAAGAAGAAGCAGUCCCGUUUCCGUAGUGUUAUUUCCGAUAUCUUUGAUGGAUCCAUUCUGAGUCUUGUUCAGUGUUUGACAUGUGACCGGGUUUCGACAACUGUGGAGACGUUUCAGGACCUUUCUUUGCCUAUACCCGGUAAAGAAGAUUUGGCUAAGCUUCAUUCCUCCAUUCACCAGAGUGCACCUGUUAAAGCUGGUGUCUGCACUGAUGGCUAUGCUGCACAGGGCUGGAUCUCCUACAUCAUGGACUCUAUACGAAGGUUUGUAGUGUCCUGUAUUCCAAGUUGGUUUUGGGGCCCCAUGGUAACGCUAGAGGACUGUCUGGCAGCUUUCUUUGCUGCUGAUGAGCUGAAAGGAGACAACAUGUAUAGCUGUGAACGGUGUAAAAAAUUAAGAAAUGGUGUGAAAUAUUGUAAAGUUCUGCGUCUACCAGAAAUAUUGUGCAUUCACCUGAAGCGCUUCAGACAUGAAGUCAUGUACUCGUUCAAAAUAAAUAGCCACGUGUCAUUCCCAUUGGAGGGUUUGGAUCUCAAACCGUUCCUGGCUAAGGAAAGCCCGUCCCAGAUUACUACCUAUGACCUGCUGUCUGUCAUCUGUCAUCACGGCACUGCUGGAAGUGGGCAUUACAUAGCGUACUGCCAGAAUGUGAUCAAUGGACAGUGGUACGAGUUUGACGAUCAGUAUGUAACAGAAGUGCACGAGACAGUAGUCCAGAAUGCUGAAGCAUAUGUCCUAUUCUACAGGAAGAGCAGUGAAGAAUCUGUGAGAGAAAGACAAAGGGUUGUCGCUCUGGCUAAUUUGAAGGAGCCCAGUUUGCUGCAGUUCUACAUCUCCAGAGAGUGGCUCAACAAAUUCAACACAUUCACUGAGCCCGGACCCAUCACCAAUCACACUUUCCUUUGUCAGCACGGAGGAAUUCCUCCUACGAAGUACCAUUAUGUGGAUGAUCUGGUUGUGAUCCUUCCUCAAAAUGUGUGGGAAUAUCUCUACAACAGGUUUGGAGGUGGCCCGGCUGUGAAUCACUUAUAUGUGUGUGCAAUUUGCCAAGUGGAGAUCGAGACCUUAGCCAAACGACGGAAACUGGAGAUAGACACCUUCAUUAAGUUAAAUAAGGAGUUUCAGGCUGAAGAAGCUCCUACCGUCAUCCUUUGUAUAAGCAUGCAGUGGUUCAGAGAAUGGGAGAACUUUGUCAAGGGCAAAGACAAUGAGCCACCAGGCCCCAUUGACAACAGCAAGAUUGCAGUAAUGAAAGGCGGUCAUAUCCAGCUUAAACAAGGAGCAGACUAUGGGCAGAUAUCUGAAGAAACGUGGCAGUACUUGUUAAGUAUUUAUGGCGGUGGGCCAGAGAUUGCAGUGCGGCAAACCAUCAGCCCCCCAGACACUGACACACACGGGGAGAGGAAAAUAGAGGCAGAGACCAGAGCCCUCUGAAAGGUAAUGAAUACUCACAUGCGGAUGGAUGACCGUCAUGCACUGCGCUUACAUUUCUGUGUCACAAGCACUUUGUGAGCAUUUCUGUGGAUGUGCUGUCUGUGACUGACAGAGUCCUCCUAGUGUAGGAAAGGGUCUUAUUUAUUAAGUGAGUAAAUCUAUUAUCAGGCACGCACAUAAAGCAUAUUUACCGCUCAUGAACAAGCUUCAUUCCUGUGCUCUGGUGAACUGCUUGUUUCUGUUGUCAGUGGGACGAAAGGCAGUAACGUUACGUCAGCCUUUCUUAGUAGUGCAGAGGUAAACAUUCAGAUGUAUGUAGAGCUCCUCGCUGAUUCUGCCAAGGCAAAACAAGGCUUGAACUUAGUAUCUGCAUGUUCAGAGAAGCUUCCCUUGCUCUACAUCAUCAUAAUUCACACUUUGAAUUUGAAGAAAUCAAGCAUGUUGACACUGAGGUUUUUAGCAAAUGAAUGAAAGAAACAUAAUAAGGUGAAGGCUUGAAGGGAUAGUUCAUCCAAAAAUUGAGCCUCCGCUUAUUUCAAACCUGUUUGAGUUUUUUCUCUUUGGACACAGCGGAAGAUUUUGUAGAGUUUAAAAUAUUACCAUUGACAUCCAUAGUUUUUUCCUACUAUGGAAGACAAUAGGUACCAGUUUCAAACAUUCUUCGAAAUUUCUUCUUUUGUCUUAGACAGAAAAAAAGAAACUCCUUUAGGGAUUUGAAUCCCUUGUUCAUUUUUAGGUAAACUAUCCCUUCAAACCGGUUAGCACUAUUUCACAGCAAAGUGAGUUCUGUUUACGUUCCAACUCACUUCCUACCUCCAUGAUCCAUGAAAACAAUUUCCGUCACUACUAAACAAUCAAGCGUUCAUGUUCUUGCAAGCCACCGCAUCAUUUAUGAGAAGCAACAGCUUUGAUGAUGGCUGUUUCAACACUUUGGCUUUUGAAAUUAAGAGUUCAGGCAAUAAAGUGAUUCAUUUUAAGCAGCAACAGGAUGUGAUGUCAUAAGGUGACAUUGCCUUUUCAUGCUGAAGGUGAAAGUUUCUUCAAUUCGAAAUCUUCCUGAAUUACAAAUCUACUGUGAAACUACUGAAAUUUAACUGUAACGAUAGCCCCCUUCUCGCAUACAGACCUUUCCGGAGAAUUCCCGCCGAUUUUUCGGGAAGGUCUGUAUGUGUGAACAGGCCCAUUGAUUACGCAAUUAUACGAUUGUUACAUUAAAAGCUCAGGAUGUGCUUUAUUCAGUCAUUAAUAUUGUGUUUCGUGUUAAUGCACUUUAAAAUCCUCUGUUUUGAAAUCAAAGGAAGUGGAUUCCCCAUCAGAGUGAUGCAGGGUUGCGUAAGUGAAAAUAUUUGACUUAUUCAGUAUUAAAUGGUGACAUUUUUUGCAGUUUCCUCAGACUGGCUGAUCAAAAUCGAUUACUCAAAUGCUUAAUGUGCGUUGAUUAUAUAUGUUACAAUGUUUUAAUAAGGCGGCACUGCAGCCCCGUAUGAAACCAUCUAAGUACUUUUAUGGGAACGUGCAAUGAGGCGUCUCGGAUGUGAAUGCUUAUAGAAAGCUGUUGUGCUAUAGUUGAACUUUGACAUGUUCUUUGUACAUAAUAAAAGGUAACCGAUUUUAUUUAUGAAUGUCUUCUUUUCUCAUAAGCAAAAUGUCAGAAUUGUGAAUAGGACAACAUGGUCUGUUACAUAUUUUAUUGCAGGAACUUAAUCUUCCGAGGUAAAUGUCUUUUUAACUGAAGUGAUUUCAAUAUUAAUAUCUGUCUGAUUUGAUGAAUAGAAAUAAAGCCUGUUCUUUCUCCACA